AGGAUGGCAAGUGUAUCCAGAGUCCUGACCAAGAGGAUUUUAUCAACUAAAGCCUUCCCUGCAGCAACCCGAUGCAGCUCCAGGAACAUCCACUUCUCCAUCUAUGGGAAGAAGGACAACGCCAAAGUGUCAGAUGAUAUCUCAACCCAGUACCCGGUAGUGGAUCAUGAGUUUGAUGCGGUGGUGGUAGGGGCUGGGGGAGCAGGUCUGAGAGCUGCUUUUGGUCUGUCUGAGGCUGGCUUCAACACGGCCUGUGUCACCAAGCUGUUCCCCACUAGGUCUCACACUGUGGCAGCACAGGGUGGGAUCAAUGCAGCCCUGGGUAACAGAGGAGAUGAUUGGAGGUGGCACUUCUACGACACAGAAGGAUCUGAUUGGCUAGGGGACCAGGAUGCUAUCCACUACAUGACAGAGCAGGCCCCAGCUGCCGUGGUGGAGCUGGAGAACUUUGGAAUGCCCUUCAGUCGGACAGAGGAUGGGAAGAUCUAUCAGAGGGCCUGGGGUCAGAGCCUGAAUUUUGGAAAGGGAGGCCAAGCACACCGAUGCUGCUGUGUAGCUGACAGGACUGGACACUCCCUUCUUCACACAUUGUAUGGACGGUCCUUAAGGUAUGAUACCAGCUACUUUGUGGAGUACUUUGCCCUGGACCUGCUGAUGAGAUGUGAAUGCAGAGGAGUGAUCGCUCUCUGUAUGGAGGAUGGAUCCAUCCACCGCUUCACCAACAACACUGUCAUCGCUACUGGUGGUUAUGGGACCUACCUCAGCUGUACCUCAGCCCACACCAGCACGGAUGGCAACGCCAUGGUAACCAGAGCUGGCCUACCAUGCCAGGACCUGGAGUUUGUACAGUUCCACCCCACGGGGUAUCUAUGGUGCCGCUGCCUCAUCACUGAGGGUUGCCGUGGAGGAGGGAUCCUCAUCAACAGUGAAGGAGAGCGCUUUAUGGAACGCUACGCUCCCAACGCCAAAGAUCUGGCCUCCCGGAUGUGGUGUCACGCUCCAUGACCAUUGAUCCGCGAGGGAAGGGGUUGUGGUCCAGAGAAGGACCAUGUGUACCUGCAGUUGCAUCACCUGCCUCCCCAGCAGCUGGCCACCCGCCUGCCUGGUAUCUCUGAGACCGCCAUGAUCUUCGCUGGGGUUGACGUCACCAAAGAGCCCAUCCCUGUCCUGCCCACCGUCCACUACAACAUAGGAAUCCCCACUAACUAUAAGGGACAGGUCAUAACUCAUCCAGAUGGGAGGACAAUGGUGCCAGGGCUGUAUGCCUGUGGUGAGGCUGCCUGUGCCAGUGUCCAUGGUGCCAACCGGCUGGGUGCCAACUCCCUGCUGGAUCUGGUGGUGUUUGGCAGAGCCUGUGCCCUCACCAUCGCUGACACCUGCACUCCAGGUGAGAAGCUUUCCCCACUGAAGCCCAGUGCUGGAGAGGAGUCUGUGGCCAACCUGGACAAGAUCAGG